CAAUGAAUGCAACAUUUAAGACCUGGGUAAUCCCCAUGCCAAGUUUGUUGCUACUGAUGUUGAUACUACUGAUCGGAGAUUACGGCUCAGCAGUGAAAGCUCCUUGUGGACAACGGCAGAUCACUUUUCAAGGGUACAUCUUAGGUGGUAAUGAGGCAUCUGAAGGAGAUUGGCCCUGGCAUGCGGCUAUUUACCAGAAACUUCAAAACGGUGAAAAAUACUUAUGCGGUGGAACGAUCAUCAGCGAAAACUUUGUACUGACGGCAGCACACUGCACCUUUCCACAUCGAUUAGAAUUGCCAGCAGAUAAUUUUCUUGUAAAACUAGGUCUUCACAACCGAAGUUAUCCGUUUGAGCAUUCUACGGCCUAUGAAGUGGUAGAAGUCAUCCGCCACGAUGCGUUUAAUUUGAACAAUUUGAAUAAUGAUAUCGCGUUGCUGAGGACCGAGGAGGACAUAACGUAUUCCGAUUAUAUUCAACCAAUUUGUCUUUGGCCGGUGGAAAAAUCGGAUCUGAAUUCGGUGCUGGGUGGUUCCGGAACGGUCGUUGGAUGGGGUUUAAGCGAUGGCUACAAAUUAGAAGACAUCCUUCAGGAAGCUACGCUCAUGGUAGUGGAUCAUGACACCUGCUUGAAAAGUAAACCAAAGCACUUCGGUAAGGUGCUUUCGAACUAUAAAAGCAAUUUUUGCGCUGGCAAUCAAAAUAUGACAAACGUUUGCCAUGGAGACAGCGGUGGAGGAAUGUACUUUCACAUUAAUAAUGUCUGGUAUAUUCGGGGUCUUGUCAGUGCCGGACAGAAGGAACUCUGUAAUCCACUACAAUAUGUUGUUUUUAGCGAUAUUCCAUAUUACUUGCAGUGGAUAGUUAAGCACCAAGAGCAUGUAAAUAAACGAAAUUUACUCAACCUCGGUGACUGUGGCUUGGAUAUUCAUGAUAAAACUGUUCAGGAAGUGGAUAAACCUGUCUUUUUGCAAUAUCCGUGGACAGCUAUGCUCGAGUUCCAAGCUCAGGGAACUCCAAUCAUUCAGGCGAUAUGUAACGGAGCUCUAAUUCAUCCAAGGUUCGUUAUAACAGCCGGGCAUUGUGCCGAAGGAUCAGCCAAAAAAGUGUUAAAAGCAGUACGAUUAGGAGAAUAUAAUCUCAAAACCAACCCGGACGACGGAAUGUCAUCUAAUGGUGAAUCAGUCUCUACCACGAUUCAGUCUAUCGACAUCGAAUCGGUAUUCAGACAUCCCAAGUUCAAUAUGCCACGGUAUGACAACAAUAUUGCGUUACUGAAACUGAAACAUCCGGCAGACACCAGCAGACCUAAUGUGAAACCAAUUUGUCUACCAACGUUGAAAGAUUAUAGUAAACUUCACACCAUAUCUGGCUGGCGCCGAGUUGGGUUAAACUCACAUAUUCUAGUGCGCGACAAUGUCGUGCUGGAGAAAGCGGACAAGUGCAAAUCCAUCUACGAGGAAAUGAAAAUUAAGUUGAAUCCCAAUGAUAGUCAUCUCUGUGGAACCUUUUACCGCCAAAGUUCCAAGGAUUGUUUUCACUUUAUGAGUGGAGCACCUCUUCAGUAUGUCAAAAAUGCCGAUCGCAAGUAUCGUUACUUCCUAAUGGGACUAUUUUCCGUUGGAUAUCCCAAAUGUCAGCAGAAUUUUACCGAUGUGUUUACCAACAUCAUCUCCUACAACCAGUGGAUAGCGACUACCGUUGGUGAGAACACGGCGUAGUGGCAGCUGCUAGGAAUCAUUCGUUAGAAUUGACGAAAUUAAA